AGCAGUAGAAUUAAAGAGAGAAGUGGAAAUAAAGAUUGUAUAGAAAUAUGAAGAAAAGGAAUGCAAGCAAAUGAGGAAAGGCAGAAGAAAUUUCAGAGAGAGAGAGAGAGAGAGAGAGAGAGAGAGAGAGCAACAUUAAGAGUACUAGUAAGUGCCGUUUAUAUACACUUGAGGGACAGACGCCUCGGUGUUGCAUAGGGCUAGGUGCAACAAGUCUUUCGUCGGGCAUGUAGCGACCAACCCACAAUCCCCCCCACACAUCCCUUACCGUGUGUGUGUGUGUGUGUGUGUGUGUGAAGGGAUGAGGAUGAUUUGAGGCGACGCUGAGGGGCAAGACACUCAAGGAAGGCCACGACACCCUCCUCCUCCUUCCUCUCCUCUCCUCAGGUUGCGAGAAGAGGAGCAGGAGGAGGAGCUGAAGCAGGAGGGGGAGGAGGUGGAGAAUAUUAGGAAAUCCUUUAUCGUAUGUUUGAAUUAGCCUUUACUGCCGGCUAUAUACCACGUGCUCCUCGGUCGCUGUGUGUGUUUCCUAUCUCCAAAGCCCCCACGCUUAGGCCAUGAAAAAGAGAAUAAGAAAAGACCAAUUUAUCUCAUUCUCGUUGAGUUUACGGCACUUACAGAGGACGAAGCGUGCGUGGGCAGUGCAUGGAGGUGAUGAAGUAGAAUAACAGCAAUUUGUCUUAGUUCUACACGACAUGUUUUCCCGACACCAAGAAGACGUAGGGCGCGUGGGCGUUGCACUAAGUGAGGUGAUAAACGUAUAACCGCAAUGCAUCACGGUACGAUAUGUUUUCCCUGCUGGCUGCACAUUGAAAACAUUUGUCGAGGAUGGUCAUCACGCACGCGGUAUACCGGUCAGUCAGUACUCAGUAGGUCUUGAAGUGUGGUGAUGUGUGAGUGUGCGACGCGGCGUUCAGUGUCGCUGUGAAGGUCAUCAUAGGAGGGUUCCCGCAAGGCGCCCAUUACCCCGAUCUCUCUUAGGCGAGGGAGGGGGAGGCGUGUCAAGAGGAACCACUCUGAAGGCCGUCGGUGUGAUAGCGUCUCCCUAUAUAGUCCCUCCCUGGGGUCCCACAAGGCUCCUCGCUACCCACUUAUCUGUUUGACGGGGGAAGGGAAGGUGUGCCAAAAGGAGGAGGCGCCGCCCACCCCACCCUCGCACUAUCAUGAGUAUGACGACCUCGCGGCUGCCAGCCUCCAAGGUGCUGGUGCUGCUGCUGGUGGGAGUGAGCAGUGUUGUGCUGCUCAUGUACCUCCACCUGGCCAAGGAGGUCUGCACACUGAGGAACUACAUUGAGACUCACUCCAUGGAACUGCAGAUGGGAGGGGCACUUCUGGGGCAAGAAAGCAGUGGUAGCAGCAGCAGUAACAACAACAACAAUAACAACAACUACAACAACAAUAACAACUUUAUCAACAACAACAACAACAAUAACAAUAACAACUCAGGGCGAGGCAAGGGGGGUGGCAAGGGCAAGGGAGGCCGGGGAAGAGGUGGCAGUGGUGGUGGUGGCAUGAUGAACAACAAGGGCCUGGAUCUGGAGAGUCUGGUGGUGAUCUACAACCGCAUCCCCAAGACGGGCUCCACCUCCUUCAUUGGCCUCGCCUACGACCUCUGCUCCAGGAACAAGUUCAGUGUGAUCAACGUCAACACCACCAAGAAGAACCCCACGCUCUCCCUCACAGACCAGAUGCGAUUUGUCUACAAUGUCUCAAACUGGGAGGAGAAGAAGCCAGCCAUAUACCACGGUCAUUUGGGCUACCUUGAUUUUAACAGAUUUGGGGUGAAGAUUCAGCCUCUGUACAUCAAUGUCAUCCGCAAGCCACUGGACCGCCUGGUAUCCCACUACUAUUUCAUCCGCUAUGGGGAUGAUCUGAGGCCCCAGCGUGUGCUCAAGAAGAUGGGGGACAAGAUGACCCUGGAUGAGUGUGUAGCCAUCCAGCACCAGGACUGCUCCACCACCCACCUGUGGAUGCAGAUUCCCUUCUUCUGUGGACACUAUGCAGAGUGCUGGGUGCCGGGGUCCUCCUGGGCACUGGAGAUGGCCAAACACAACCUGGUCCGCAACUACUUUCUGGUGGGGGUGACGGAGGAGCUGGAGGAUUUUGUGGCCAUGCUGGAGUACUCACUGCCCCGCUUGUUCAGGGGUGCCCUUGACCUCUACGUCUCAGGAACUAAGUCGCACAUCAGAAAAACUACGAAGAAGAUAAUACCGUCAGAGGAGACAGUGGCCAAGCUACAAAAUACAAAGGUCUGGAGGCUGGAGAAUGAAUUUUACAACUUCGCCCUCGACCACUUCCACUUCAUCCGCAAGAAGACAUUGAUGGAGAGUGCGUCGGGGGAAGGACUGGUGGACCGAGGGCAGAACUUUGUGUAUGGCAAAAUUAAGCCCAGGAAAAGGGUGGAGCCAUGCAAGAACUCAGCGAAAACAAAGGACCACGCAGGAGUAGUGGUCUGCUGAGAGGACUUGUAGUGUUAGUGUGUAGCUUCCUCCUGAUGUAGCCAACACAUAGGGUACUGACUGCCUUAUACUAGUGAACUUAUCUCUCUUUAUAACUCAUCCUCUUGGUGCUAUGAGUCGAGGUGUACUACCGUCUUGUGUGGCAUUUAGUGAUCACCGUGUCUUGUUCACUCUCUAGCUGGUAGGUCAGCUGUCCGUGUUGGAGUCUCAUCUAUCAAGUAUUCUCAAUUGGUGUGUCACAGUAUCGGCCAGCCACAGAGGGACUUGUCUGUUCAGCAAUGUGUGAUUAUUCCAUAGGUAUUAGCAAUGUAAGGUUGAUAGUAUUUUUCCAAUGGCAAGAUCAAUGGUUUUGUGUAAAUAUCAUCCAUGUUUGUACAAAUGUUUUGCAUGAUCAUAAGUUCUGCAGGACUUGGGAAGUGUUUUGUAUCAUCUCAUAACAGCCCUCCCACCCACACCAUUAGACAUGUAAGGGAUUAUCUGAACCUGAACCACAUACUCUAGUGUUUCAUGGAUAAGAGUUCACAGGUAAUGGAUAUACUAGUUUUGUAGGAAAUGUUAGAAAGCUGACACCGCAUGUACAUAUAUGACUGUGUAUAUACCACUGGUCGACAGGUACUACAUACUAAUGCAACCAUUGUUAGUGCAGGUAGGAUUGAUACAUUCCAUAGUUUAAGCAAGCCAGCCAAACGGGUUGGAUUUGUACCAGGCCAUCCAGUUUUCUUCCACUCAGCAUAUAUACUAUUACUGAGCUGCUACAAAGUACAUCACAUAUAUCACUUGUUCCAUAGACACGUAUUAUAGUACAACUGCAAGUGCUUUUUUGUAUGAAUGUAAUAAUUUUUUGCCAGUCCCUCUUCCCCUGGGAAUGGGACAUGUUUGCCAAUCAUUUGUUAUUUGAGCCACCAAGUAAUCACAUCCGUCUAUCAAGUCAAGUUUUGUUGCGUCCUGAUUUAGGUGAUGUGCCUCGUAAGGUUUUAGAGGCCUGAGCCAUGCCCUGUUUGUCCCAUCUCAUUUUUUGUUACUCACUCCUGAGCUCUUGUGAAAAUGGUUGAGGCUCAGCACUGCACCAGAAUCUUAAAAUAAGUCUGCGCUUAAAUUUAAUUUAUUUAUUUAUCUAUUUUUAGAUAUAAGUCUUGUUAACAGCUUAUUUGAUGCAUCGAUCAAGUUUUUCAGUCAUACUUAUUGGGUUAGUUAUGUUAUAGAUGAAAAUUUUAACACUAAAUAAACACAAUAAGCAAGUA